CUUGUUGCAGGAAAAUGUUCCCCCAUCAACAUGAGUGCUAAGCCCUCUACAACAGCCUGCUCUCGUGGGCGCAUUGAGGUUGACGUCCUAGGUGCUGGUAGAAGCGUGGGUCGAUCAUGCGUACUGGUAACCUUCGUCCCACCGGCCUCCUCUUGCAAGCCUCGGGUGCGUAUCCUUCUCGACUGUGGAGCCAACGUGUCUUGUGGUGACCCUGCUCAUCAUGAGGAUGAAAAGCAGCAUAGUGUUGUGGCAGAGCAUGCUGAUGAUGAUGACUCUGACAGUGUAGAGGACUCCUCGGCAACCACCCCACAGCAACUGCUACGGUCUGUUAUUCGCCAGUCUUUGGCUAAGCACCGACACCGCGUCCCCAUGCUGGAUCGUCUGUGGCCUGACAACAGUAAGACUGGUAUGUUACCACUUGACGCGGUACUCGUUACCCAUUUCCAUCUGGAUCACACUGGGGCUCUUCCCUACCUCACUGAGGUCCUAAUGAGCGGCCAGCGGAGAUCGCCCGAGAUUGUCAUGUCGUUGAUGACCAAGUUGACGGCGCCAAUGCUGUUGAGGGACUAUGCUAAGGAACAGAGUCCUCCGCCGUAUUAUCCCUGCCACAUCGAAUCUUGCUUCGAGAAGGCGCUGGUCAUGGCGCCGGGGUCUCAGCGAACGCUGACCUGCGGCGCGGUGGUGACAGCUUACCCUGCAGGGCAUGUGGUGGGGGCUCUCAUGUUCAUGAUAGAGUACGAAGGCUUGACACUGUUCUAUACUGGCGACUUUAGCACCCAAGCUGAAUUCACAAUGCCUGCAGCCAACUUGCUGACGAGGCAGUUACCAUUGACAGGGAAGACCAUUGAUGUUGUCAUUUCUGAGGCCACUUUUGGGAGUUCAGUUCACAUGAACAGCCGCUCUAAAGAGGCACGUCUAUGCAACAUUGUAUGUGGUCGAGAGCGCCUUCGUGACUACAUGGGCUCGGCAGAUGUGCCACCGUUGAUUACGGUCAUGCCAGUGUUCGCAACUAGCAGAGUGUCAGAGAUGGCCCAGAUGUUAUUGGCUUACUACAAGCGGGAAGUCCUUAAUAAGGACCUGCUAGAGUCUCUGUCUACUCGGGCUGGGGCCAUGUCCAAGACAUACCAUCUCCCCGACGAUUUCAAUCAGAAGAAUAAACGCUUGGCCGAUAACUUUGGCCUGCCUUCAGUGCCGGAUUUACACUUUUAUACCCUUAGUCCGGUCACGUACAUGUGCAAUGAGUAUUAUCGACGUCUCAGCUUGGGGCUUGCUGAGGGUGACACGAGUGUAAUGGGCGCGGUGGCGGCUGUCACCACUGCUGCUCGGGUUGAGCUCAUCGACGAGAACUUCGUGUUUUCACCCAAUUGUAUUAGUGUUGUAUUUUGUGGCGCAGCGAUGAUGGAGAGUGGUUCAAGUCUGGCCUUUUUCAAUAGGGAAAGUGGCAACCCUCAUGCGCAGUUUGUUUUGACAGGAUACUGUCGUAAGGGAACUGUUGGUAACGAGCUCAUCAUGGUGGCCUCUCAAGCUGAGAAGCGAAGGAAGAACGAAGGUGGCAAGCCCCCUAAGAAGCGGUCUAAGUGGUCUCCUGUGGUCAACUUUGGUGACGGGCGUAAAGUUAGUAUACAAUGCAAGCCGUACUACAUACCAAUGACAUACCAUACAGACUCCUAUGGUGCUUGUCAGAUGAUUGCAGGUCUAAGGCCAGCAAGGAGGGUGAUACUAUUGCACUCUGAGUAUAAGAGGAUGAAGGCAUUGCAAGAGUUGAUCGAGUUCAGACUGGGCAUCCCGGUGGAGUGCCCUGAGAAUGGCCAACAUAUUGUCAUUGAGUGUGACGGCCCUGCUCCUGACUGA